AUGCAUCAAUUUGCGUGCAAAAUAAAUUAUUUGCAUUAUAUAAUAAUAAUAAUAAUAUAUUAUAAUAAUAGUAAUAUAAUUUGUUUAUUUUAUCAGUCAAAAAAAGUAAAGAUAAAGAUAUCAGAAAAAAUAAAGUUUAGGUAA